UGAAACUUCUUUAGAAUCGUUGUGAUUUCAAACCGGAUGCAACGAAAAAACGACAGGUAAGAGACACAAAUACAAAAAUGUGUAGGAUGAAGCCAGGGGAAAGAAUGAGACAGAAAUAUACAUACAAUUUGUAUAUUAUCGGUCUCUCCUCUUUGUUCCAUACUUCGUAGCGUCCCCACUCCCGUCUUCUAAGCAUAGUCGCCUGUAAUUUGUGAGCCAGAGCGAGAGAGCAGAUGUCAGUGUGUAUGUAUAUUGCACACUGUUUAAUACGUGCUUGUAUUUGAGCAUUUAACGUGUGUAGUGCAUGUGAAAACUACGUGAGCUUACUGUACACUGUAUGCGGCUGCGUAUUACAGCGUUUUAGUAAGAUAGCGUGGUGUGUUAUUAUUUAACUGUUUGUGAGUAUUUUUAUAUCUUGUACUAAAUAAUAAAUUUUAUAAAAUGCCGAAAACUAAUGCCGAAAUGUGUCGUCAAUAUCGACGCAAAAAAAAUGAAAUUAAAAUGAAAAAAAAUUCAGCAAAAAGUUCAACAGAACGUAGUCGCGAGUUUCGUGCACGUAAAAAACAAUUAUUGAACAAUCAAAAUAGAUGUUCAGAUAUAAGUGUCAAUGUGACUGAUGUAAUAAAUGACCACUCUCAGCAACAAAAUAGUGUUCCAACGGGAUAUAAUUUAGUAAAUAAUGAUUAUAACCCUCCAGUAGAUGUACAGCCAGAAAUUCCAUACUCACGGUUUCGUCGAAAUAAGUUUGCUCAUAAAGAAUUUAACGACAAGUUUUUAAACAAUAUGUUUGGUCAUAAGUGCUCCGUUUGUGAUCGAUUGUGGUUUAAGUUAGAUUUAAAAUCACCACGUGCUGAAGAUGAACAAUUAUUAAGGGUAAUAGUUGAAAAUUACAAUACAGUUGAAGAUAUUUUACUGUGCAACACGUGUUACCAAGCAAUUGGGAGGAAAGUGAUUCCUAUAAUGUCUACUUAUAACGGUUUUAAAUAUGAAAAAAUACCUGAGGUUUUACCACCGCUUGACUUAAUUUCGGAAAGACUUGUCUCACCACGAGUUCCAUUUAUGCAAAUUCGACGGUUACGACAUGUUCAUGGGCAAUAUGGAAUUUAUGGACAAAUCAUUAAUGUACCAGUCGAGGUAAACAAUAUGGUAAAACUCUUACCCCGUAAUGUCGAUGAUGAUUACUGUAUUAACGUACACAUUAAAAGAAAAAUAAUACAUAGAUCAAGCUAUUUAAUGGGACUAGUUAAUAAAAGGACAAUUCGUGCAUGGCUUCAGUAUUUGCUUCAAACUCCACUUUAUUUAUUUUACGAUAUUAAAAUUGAUGAAAGCUUCUUCAACAAUAAUAGUAAUAAUGAAAUCGAUCUAGAAGAAAUGAGUGAAGAUAUACCGGUCGAAGAGAGUCUAACAGCACAACAGAAAACUCUACUUUGGAAUGAAGAUAUGUAUUUACGGAUCGCUCCUGGAGAAUAUAAUAUUCCCAAAAGUAUAAUUUUUGAUGAACAUGCCGAAGAACUUUCUUUCCCAUCGAUUUAUUUGGGUCAUUUCCGAAAAUUCAGAGAGGGAGUAAAUGCAACACCGUUCGCAAUAGCAACUAGCGAAUUACGAAGAUCAGAUCGGCGUGGAGUUACUCCACAUCAUUUAUUAUAUCUAGCAAUGAAAAUUAUGAGGUUAAGAGUUCGUGACUCGCUUACGAUUGCAUUUAAACAUGUGGGAAAAAAUACUAAUAUUACACGGCAGCAAGUUGAGUCAGCUGACUACAUUAAUAAUUGUAUCGAAAGUAAUUUAGCUUUUCUGCGCUCAAUACCAAAUUCAGUAUGGUAUUGGAGCGAUCGAAAAAGAGAUCUUUUUGCGAUGAUUCGGCAACUAGGAAAACCUACGAUGUUUCUUACUUUGAGUGCCAAUGAAAUCGGAUGGACCAAUUUAAUACAAUUAUUGUACAAAUUAAAAAAUAACGGUACUGAAAUUUCAGCUGAACAAGCUGCGUCACUGGAUUACAUAUCUAAGACUACACUAGUGAAUGAAGAUGCUGUGACCUGUGCUAUCUAUUUUAAUAAAAUAGUCAAUAUAUUGAUAACUAUUCUCCAAUCAAAGAAGAACAGCCCAUUUGGAAAUUAUUAUGUUGUCGACUAUUUUAAACGAAUUGAAUUUCAGCAUCGUGGUAGUCCUCAUGCACAUAUUUUAUUGUGGCUGAAUGACGCUCCAUCAGAUCCUCUUGGUACAAACUAUCAAGAUACUGUAAUGAUGAUUGAUCAAUUGAUAUCAAUUUCUUCAUCAGAAGCUUCUGGACAUAUUCGCUUGCAAAGUCACAAACAUACCUUUACCUGUUAUAAAAAGUACAUGCCAAUCAACCUCAGAAAUGCCGAUUUGAUGCUCCAUUUAUGCCAUGUAAAUCCACUACAAUAUUAAAACCAAUGCAGAAAGAUCAUCCAGGAUAUGCUGAUUACGCUAAGCGGUAUAAACAAAUACAAAUUAAUCUUGAGAACAAUGAUUACGAGAAUAUUGAAAUGUUUUAUGCACAAAAUCAUAUAACUUCUGAUAAUGAUUAUUUUCAUAUUCUUGAAGCUGGAAUUACCAGACCUAAAGUAUUUUUGAAGCGACAACCUAAAGAAAAAUGGCACAACCCUUUCAAUCCUUUUAUUCUCAAUGUCUUACAAUCAAAUACAGAUAUGCAAUUUAUUAUCGAAGAAUACUCAUGUGCAGCGUAUGUUGUUGAAUAUGUCAAUAAAACUAAUAGGGGUAUAAGUAAUUUACAAAGACAAAUUCAUGAAAUCAUGGAUGAAAACCCUGAGUUUGAUAUAGUAGAAAUAACUAGAAAAAUGAGUGUUAAUAUGCUCAACACCGUUGAAUUAACAAGCCAGGAAGCAGCGUGGUACCUUCUUCGUGAACCUAUGUCUAGAAGUUCAGUCUCCAUAGUUUAUAUUCCCACCGUUUGGCCUAUUGAACGACAGCGUAUUAGACGAACACAAAAAGAAUUAGAUGAAUUAAAUAUCGAUGAAGAUUCAACAAGUAUUUGGAAGGAAAACUGGUUUGAUAAAUACGAGAAGCGGCCACAAGAAAUGGAAGAAUUAUCACUUGCACAAUUCGUUGCUAAUUUUACUAAAAAUUCGCAAGGUGAUUAUAUUCGUCGAAAGCAACAACGCAUCAUUCGUUAUAGGAAUUAUGACAUAGCCUCAGAUAUAAAUGAGUAUAAAAGAGAAAUGGUGACUUUGCAUAUCCCAUUUCGGAAUGAAGAAUUCGAGAUUCUUGAAGAGAUGAAAUUUAUUAGGAUUUACGACGAAAAUGAAAAUCAAAUUCUGGAGCGACGUAAAGAGUUUGAAUCUGACUUAGACAUUAAUAAAACUAUAGAGCUAUGCCGAAAACUAUGUCGCGAAAAUGAAGAAGCAGACGAUGACGAUGAGAUUCAUGAUAUUGCCACUAGAUUUCCAGAAAUUAAUCCAUUCCAAACGCUAUAUGACAAUCCGAAUUCGGAUGUAAACAGUGAUUUACGUCUCGCAACCCUAAAUAAACUUGGUGCCAUUGCAAAACGGAAAGAAAAUUUAAUGCCUAACGACCAAUAUUAUGAGCUGAUGAAAAUGGCAAACCAAAA